AGUAGCCUCGGUGAUAACAUUUCAGUUUGCCAUACUACUACAUACAUUAUAUCUGAACUAUAAGUCACCUCGUUCACCUUGGCUGUUUUUAAAGAUAAUUAAAACUACAGGCGGGUUUUCGAAACGCAUGUUAUAAAAUGGAGUCAUCUGAGAAGGAUAUUGAAGCAGAAGAGGCUUUUGAUGACAUGUUCGCUCGAUUUCGUGCUGAGGCACCCAUCAUACGCUACGAUGCUUGUGGAUCCCCGAUGCCGGGUCAAGAUUUAGAGGGAUUCUUCUUUCCUCAAUAUAUCAGUCCGACCAUACAUGAUGAGAUGAGAACAUUGGAAGUUAGGGAGAGUGAUAUAUGGUUUUGCUCUUAUCCCAGAUCAGGCCAACAUUGGAUGUGGAAUGUUGCGUACCGCCUAACACACGAUUUAAACGAGGCACCCAAAGGUUAUGAAGAAAUGUGUCAGGCAGAGAACGUUGGCCACAAAUUAGAUGACAUACCAUCCAGACGAAUUAUACGUACACAUCAAAUGACAAAGACAGUGCCACAGGAUGUAUGGGAUAAGAAAUGUAAGGUAAUAAACAUGGUUCGUCACCCGAAAGAUGUCGCUGUCAGCUUUUACAAGCAUCUGACUGCAACUAAGGUGUAUGGUUACCAAGGAACUUGGGAGGGAUAUUUGCCAAUGUUCCUAAAUGAAGAAAUCCUUUGGGGUGGCGGAUGGUUCAAACAUAUUAAAGACUAUAAACAGAAAGCAGAGACAAACGAUGUCCUUUUCAUCACAUUUGAAGAGUGUAAAAGGGAUACUUUAGGUACUAUAAAGAAGCUUGCUGAUUACUUAGGGGUCCAAUGGUCCGACGAGAACUUCCAGAAAAUGGUUGAUGAGACAAGUAUAAAAACGAUGCAAAAACGAAACGCUGAGUAUGAGGCCAUUGCUAGAAAAGGCCGCGUUGACGAUAUCAUAUACAGAAAAGGCGACAUUGGGGAUUGGAAACUGCACUUCACAACUGAACAAAGUGAAACAUUUAACCAUGUAUAUAAAGAGAAAAUGGAUGACUUUCCGUUUCUGUACAACGACUGCCUGGAUGUUUAGAUGAAUAAGGACACGAACACCUUUAGUGUAUUGCUAUCUUUAUUAAAUAAAACACCUUGUGAAUUCA